CCAGCAAGUCUCUGCGCCUGCGCCAGGAGGAGGAGGCCGUGACAGGAGACCCUUCAAGUUGAGGUUACAGGAGGUUAUACAACACAACUCUCAUUGUACUUUUGCGUUAUAAGUGUUGUUUUCAGUCGGAUACAGAACCAUGAAUCCCGAUAUUAUGAAAGAGCGGCAAAACGCCAGUUUUAACGUCGAGAAACUGACCAACAUUCUGGACGGAGGCCCUGAAAAGACCAGAAGAAGGAGAGAAAUAGAGUCACUGGUUGUCAGCGACCCGGACUUUAAGGAGGAGGACCCAAACUUCCUGUCCCGCAGUGAGCGCUAUGACCAGGCUGUUAGAAAAAGUGCCCAGAUGAUCCUGAAGCUCAGAGAGUAUGGCAUUGCAGACCCAGAUGAGAUCUACUGCUAUAAGAAUUUGGCUAAAGGCAGCUACCACGAGGCCAUGGGGAUACACUUUUCUAUGUUCCUCCCGACCCUGUACAACCAGUGUGACCCUCAACAGUCCAAGAAAUGGUUACCUCUGGUAGACUCCGCCCAAGUCUUGGGCACAUAUGCCCAAACCGAGCUGGGUCACGGCACACACCUCAGGGGGCUGGAGACCACAGCCACAUAUGACCCAGCCACGCAGGAGUUUGUCAUGAACAGUCCCACAAUCAGCUCCAUCAAAUGGUGGCCUGGAGGACUUGGAAAGACCUCAAACCAUGCCAUAGUUCUGGCCCAGCUUUACACUCAAGGAAACUGCCACGGUCUGCAUGCUUUCAUCACACAAAUCCGCGACAUGACCACACACGUACCCCUGCCAGGUAUUGUGGUUGGAGAUAUCGGCCCCAAGUUUGGCUUUAAUGAAGUUGACAACGGCUUCCUGAAACUAGAGAACGUACGAAUCCCACGGGAUAACAUGCUGAUGAAAUACGCCAAGGUGGAGCCAGAUGGAACCUAUGUGAAGCCACCAAGUGCCAAGCUGACCUACGGCACCAUGGUGUUCAUCCGCUCCAUGAUCGUAGGCGAGUCAUCUCGGGCCCUCUCCAAAUCCUGCAUCAUCGCCAUCCGCUACAGUGCUGUUCGACACCAGUCUGAAAUCCGCAAGGGAGAGCCAGAGCCUCAGAUCAUGGAUUACCAGACGCAGCAGUACAAGCUGUUCCCUCUGCUGGCUACGGCCUAUGCUUUCCAUUUUGUCGGCCAGUAUAUGAGACAGACCUACCACCGCAUCAGUGGAGACAUCAACGAGGGGGACUUCAGUCAACUGCCUGAGCUACAUGCCACGUCAGCGGGUCUGAAGGCUUUUACCACGUGGGCAGCCAACUCUGGCAUCGAGGUGUGCCGCAUGUCAUGCGGUGGCCACGGCUACUCUCGCAGCAGCGCCUUGCCGGACAUCUACGUCGACUUCACCCCUACAUGCACCUACGAAGGGGAGAACACGGUCAUGAUGCUGCAGACUGCAAGAUACCUGGUGAAGUGCUACCGUCAGGCUAAGGCAGGACAGCAGCUGAGCGGCAUUGUGUCAUAUCUGAAUGAAGCAAAGCAUCUGAGGGUCCAGCCCCAGCCCGUCGCUGCCAGACCAACCGUGGUCGACAUAAACGACCUGGCUACCCUGGUGGAGGUCUACAAACAACGAGCUGCCAUUCUAGUUGAGCUGGCAGCUAAGAGCAUCCAGCAGGAGUUGCAGCGCAGGAAGAGCCAGGAGGACGCCUGGAACAACAGUGCUAUUGACCUGGUCAGAGCCUCAGAUGCCCACUGUCACUAUGUUGUCGUGAAGCUCUUUACUGACAGGCUGGGGGAGAUCGGUGACACUGCGAUACACUCAGUGCUGUCGACCCUGGCUCUGCUCUACGCCCUGCAUGGCAUCACAAAUAACUCUGGAGACUUCCUACAGGCUGGAUUGCUGAAUGUGCCCCAGGUGAUGCAGGUUUCUACUCGUAUCAAGGAGCUGCUGUCCCAACUGAGGCCCAACGCUGUUGCGCUGGUCGAUGCCUUUGACGUCCACGACAGGAAGCUGAAUUCGGUCCUGGGACGAUAUGAUGGGAACGUCUACGAGAACAUGUUCGAGUGGGCUCGCCGCUCACCUCUAAACGCCACAGAGGUCCAUGAAUCCUUCCACAAGUACCUGAAGCCCCUGCGGUCCAAACUGUGAACUGACCCCCCUUGCACCUUGAUUCCUGGCUGCGAGCCUUCAACUCUGUGUAUACAGGCACAACCUUAACCACAUUACCACCACCUUCCCUACUCUACUCUCUCUAUAUGUGGUCAAGUUGAACACCAUAAUCAGCCACUCUAAAGGCCAUGGUAUACUGUAACAUGAUGGAGCUGUAUACAUUGUUCUCUUGGGUGAUGGGGGAUGAUGGAGGUGAGCUGUAAGCAGGGCGGACAACCUAAAACAAUCUGAAGACGAUGCAGCUAAUGAUUUAAGGAGAAUGAAAGCAAAACCAGGAAUGAAAAUUUGAUCUAAAAAUCUCUAAUGAAAUCAAAAAAUAGCUUCAAGAAUACUGAAAACAAUCACGUAUUUGCAGUUUUAGAUGACCAUGUUUUCUCUAGAGAAAUUCCAUUGUGAAGUGUCUUAGUAUUUCAUUUUCCCCCCCAUCUUUUGUUCACUUUCUGCUGCGUGCCUGAUGGCUCCUCUGUGCAAGCCAGCCAAGAUAGAAAUGCCUAACAAGAACAGAAUGUCAUUAUGAACGUUACAUAAUGUUAGAGCGUUUUAUGUUAGGAACAAACCAACAGCAAAAGCAUUUUGGUUGUUUCCCCUGACGACGAGGACCAAGAAAGACACUGUGCUGUCUGUUAUAAUUGUUAUCCACGACCUUUAUUAAUUGCUUUAGGCAUCAAGAAGGAAUUAUACAAGGUUGAUGCAACUUUUCUUCUUCAACCCCCAUACCUUCCAUACCUGUGAAUAAUGGUGUAAUAUGACUGACUUAAAAGACAGCCAUAAUCUAGUUUGCACUGGA